GUAUUCUCCAGGUGCAGAAGACUAUCAUUCAGACCCUAAUUAUUCAUCGCCUAAACCCCCUGGCAUGUAUCCAGAAUAUUUCAUGGAAGGUUCACACUCCCAGGGCCACUCUCACAGUAGUACAAAUCCAUGGAGCAGCAAUGGCAUGGCGCCAACGUCCAAUAGCUUCCAUUCCUUACAUAACUCCAGUUCUUAUUCUCAGGCAGGGGAAUACCCUACACAUGAACCUAUGUAUCAGAGUAGUAACAGCGGUAUGUCAUCAGGUCAUGACCCUCUUAGUCUUCCUCCAAUGACAACGUUUAGACCAGGUACCACUAACACUGCCCCAUACACCUCAUCACCGCCCAUUAAUGGCACAGAGACAGUCAUGUCAAGUAGUAGAGGGAAUGGCACAAAUAACUCAUCAGGUUCCAGCUCACAUACAGGAGCUGCACUUGGCAAAGCUCUAGCAUCUAUUUAUUCAGCAGAUCAUCCUAAUAGCACAUAUCCCUCCAAUCCUUCAACGCCUGUUGGUUCUCCGCCGCCUCAUUCAGCAUGGCAACAAAGGACAGCAGAUCCUCAGACCUCACCGGGACCAUACAGCCAGAGUCAUUUACAUUCAUUGACACGUUCCAAUUCUUUGGAUUCAAGGCAUUCAGAACCGAUAAUUCAGAACUUGUAUGGUGGGCCUAAGCAGAUUGUCAAGCAAACGCGCAUGGAGGAGAGGUUAGAUGAUGCAAUCAACGUGUUACAAAAGCAUGCCCAGAGUUCUGUCGAUUUGGGUCUCCCGGUGGGACCAAUGGGUAGUAGUGGGGGUCUUAUGCCUGGUGCUACAUCUCAUUCUGGUUCAGGACCUAUGGGGGCUAACAUCUCAUCAUAUGCAGGACAUACAGGACAGUAUCUAGACUCACACAUGCCUGGCGGUGCACAGUCAUUAUCAGAGAGGGGGAGUAUGUUAUCACAAGAUAUCAAUCCUGGUCAACCUUAUGGAGUACAUGGUGAUAUGAUGGGUAGUGGACUAGACAACGGCCUAAAAUCAAGUACCAAUACCAAGAAGAAGACCAAAUCAGAUGAGAGUAAAACGAAAGGAGGUGGAGGAGGAGGAUUGAUGCUGGAUAAUGAUAGAGAUGAUGUCUCGGGUGGAGGUGCUCCCAGUUCUAAAAAAGGAGAUGCUAAUAAUGCUCCUAAAAACAAGAAGAGGUUCAAAAAUGAUUCAAGAAGUGGUGGUGGUGGUGGUGGUGCAGGGCCACAGCAGGGAGGCAAAAGUCUUAUGAUCCUCAAUCCUGGAUCACCAGAUGAGUCAGAUGAUGAAGGGUUGUCACCGGAGCAAAAGCAGGUAAAAGAGAAAGAGCGCCGCCAUGCCAAUAAUGCAAGGGAGCGUAUCCGUGUAAGGGACAUCAAUGAAGCAUUCAAAGAACUUGGUAGAAUGUGUCAGUUACACCUCAAACAGGACAAGGCACAAACUAAGCUUACCAUACUACAUUCAGCAGUCUCAGUCAUUACUACAUUGGAGCACCAAGUUAGAGAACGUAACCUGAACCCCAAAGCAGCGUGCCUUAAGCGGCGAGAAGAAGAAAAAGUAGAAGAAAUGCCAAACAGAGGGUCACUUGGAGGACCAGGUCCUGGUUCGGAUCCCUUAGUCUCACAGUCUGGACUUGCAGGCAAUAACCUCCAUGGUCGUGGAAUGCAAUCAUGUCUGGGGCAGACAUCAGGUGCACCAACAGGCUACGCCAGCCAUCUUUAUGACAACUCCAUGUCCCAUGGUGGCCCACAUCAGACAAGUUUGGGAUCGAUGGGAGGGGGACAUAUGUCAGCCAUGGACCUUAACCCUUCGCCAUCAUCCAUGGGAGGUGGAGAUCACAUAUCUAAGAGUGCUUUGUCACACCUAUCACACUCAUCUGCUCAACCAUUAGAGCCACUCACGCCAGAGGAAAAUGACAGUAUUGCUGUACAGUAACACUCACUUGUUUGUUAGUCUACCGUUACAGACCUUGACGGGUGGAGUAUCACUCUUUAUCUCUUACUGUGACUUGAAUAAAGUGAGUUCACUCUAACAUAGGAUUCAUGGAAGCAGUACAAUAUCAAGACCAAGUAGUUCUCUUUCAGACUGCCAAUAACUUUCACUGACUUUAUGAUCAUGAUGUCCUUGAAGUGGGUCUGUACCAGUAGACUACAUCUGUGUAUUGCAGCCGUGCAGCUUUAUCUUCUAAAGUCUAUUGAUUAUAUAUGCCUGUAAUGUACAUUGAUGAAGUCAUAAACUUGAUUGGAAAACACCUCUUCUAUAUUUGUGAAGGAGAGGAUUUUUGUAUGAGAAAUUUGUUUUCCCCCGUCUCUCAUUGUCAUUGUAAAGCUUGAUGAGAAAGGAAGUUACAAUUGUAAUGUUGUGUUUCACAUCUGUGAAACCUUGUUUAAGAGAUGCUAUUGGGUAGUGCAGAUAAUAUGGUGAAGGUACUAAGUUUUUUGGAUGAAGACAUAACAGGACACCUUUAUUUUCAGAUGUUUUUUUUUUUAAAUGCCCAGAAUCAUGUGUGCAGAUAUCAUUUGAUAGUAUUUGGGUUUCUUCUUUUUGUUCUCUUGUAUGUUUCAUAAUAGGAGUACAUUUGUUAUCAUACCUUGUUAUUCACUGUGUAAAGUUGUAAAAAGUUUCCAGGAAAAAAAAAAGAAGAAAAAAAAAGACAAGGUGUAGUGACGACAGAUUUAUUUCUGCAUCCAGUUUUAUCUGGGUCAGCUGUAUAAUUAUUUUGUAUAAUAAUAUUUUAUUUCUUUCUAUGUCUGGGUAAUCGAAUUUGUUAUAUUAAAUGUUUCACUGCACAAUAGUAGCCACUUUAACCCCCUUCAGUUCCCCAUUGAUAUGUUUCGGUGCUCAUUAUUUGUUUUAUUCUUUGCCAAGUCUUGAUGUACUAUCAACUAUUUCUUUCUCAUGAGGGUAUGUAUUGUCAUUUUUUUUUCUUUUACCAUUUGUAAUCUGUAGGUCAGCCUUGCUAUGUCUUUAUUCAUGUGGACUUUUUAAUAAUCUUGUUCAACAGACGGUGCAAUCU